AUUGAGAUACUUCUCAGAUAACAACGAAUUUAUAUUCAGGGAUCGCAUGAAAAUUAUAGGUUUUAAUGGUAGCGAGAUCGGAAUUUUGUAAUUUAAGAUUUAAUACUAUAUAUUUGUGGGCCAUGAGAUUUUUUGAUUCUUGUAGGCCCAUGGGCCGGUGGUUGAAUUAUGGCCCAAUACUGUUCGUCUUCAUGUCCGAGUUAUCCCGGAAUGGAAGGGUUCAGGUGAGGUUUUAACAACUCAUCAUUGAGAAAAAGCACUACGAGAGAAUUUUCGAUCAAAAUACUACUCCAGAUGAGUCCAUUUCUGAGAAAGGUUUUGAGCUCUAAUGUAACUCUCAAACGGAUCGCUGCAGCCGCUGCUGCUGGUUCUUGUUACUUGUAUGCCAGAAGUGAUCUAGAUUCUAAACCCUCCGUUGCGUUCUCAAUUUCUGCUGCGUGGAGUGAGCAACUAUUUCUUCCAUGGCAGACAAGACAUGGCUUCACGGUUCGUCCACUGGGUGCAUUUGAUCACCAGCAUUUGGGACUUUCGUUAUGUUCUUCAGGAGUCAGUCCUGGUCUACCAUCUGGUGAAAAGAAGGAAACACCAUGUUUGAGUAGAGAUACAAUUGCAAAUGCAGCAGCAGAUGUUGGCCCCGCUGUUGUGAAUAUAUCUGUUUCACAUGGUAUUUACGGAAUUGCUUCUGCUAAAAGCAUGGGAUCCGGAACAAUUAUUGACAAGGAUGGGACAAUUUUAACAUGUGCUCAUGUUGUGGCUGAUUUUCAUGGUCAACGAGCUGCAUCCAAAGGAAAGGUAGAGGUUACUUUACAAGAUGGUCGGACAUUUGAAGGGACAGUAGUGAGUGCUGAUUUUCACUCUGAUAUUGCCAUUGUGAAAAUCAAUUCUAAAACCCCUCUUCCCAUGGCAAAACUUGGUUCUUCAAGCAAGCUCCGACCUGGUGAUUGGGUCGUAGCAAUUGGAUGUCCACUUUCGCUUCAGAAUACUGUCACAGCUGGUAUAGUAAGUUGUGUUGAUCGUAAGAGUAGUGAUUUGGGUCUUGGUGGAAUGCGAAGGGAAUAUCUACAAACAGACUGUGCAAUUAAUGUGGGAAAUUCUGGGGGCCCUCUUGUUAAUGUUGAUGGAGAAGUUGUUGGUGUAAAUAUUAUGAAAGUUGAUGAUGCUGUUGGUUUAAGUUUCGCCGUACCAAUUGAUUCAGUCUCCAAAAUUACAGAGCAAUUCAAGAAAAGAGGGAGAGUUAUUAGGCCUUGGCUUGGAUUGAAAAUGAUUGAUCUCAAUGAAAUGAUAAUCAAACAACUGAAAGAAAGAGAUGCGAAUUUUCCAGCUGAUGUUACUAAAGGGGUUCUUGUAGCGAUGGUAACUCCAGGAUCCCCUGCUAGUCGUGCUGGAUUUCAACCCGGCGAUGUCGUCAUUGAGCUCGAUGAGCAACCUGUUGCAAGUAUCAAAGAGAUCAUUGAAAUUAUGGGAGACAGAGUUGGGGUUCCAUUGAAGGCAGUUGUGAAAAGAUCACUUAAUUGUACCGCCACUUUAACUGUUCUUCCUGAGGAGUCCAAUCCAGAUAUGUGAUUCUUUUAAUCAACUUUUCUUUCAUAAUGUUCUUUCUUACUUCAAUAAUAUAGAAAUAUCAAUCAAUAGCUAUUAGCCGUGGAAAAUUAUUGAGGCUAAUUCAUUUGGGUGGAAUAUCGAGAUGCUAUAAUACUAAAUCUUUUCUUCACAUGUUAAAUCGAUCAAACCAUACUUAGAUUAUGUCUGGUCUUUUAAGUUAGACAAACUAGAUUUGAGAGUACGUCUAGUCUUUCUUUUCAAGUCGAACAAAUCAAACUCAAGAUUACGUCUAGUCUUUUAAGUCGGAUAGAGAUUACGUCUAGUCUUUUAUCAUUUUUAUUAUGAUAAAGAUUAUAAAUGAUCCUCUUGCUUGUACUACAAAAUAAACUUAUAAUAGCCCAAUGAAAGCUAUUCAUUUUUUAAGUAGCACAACCCAACUUGGUGAAAAUACGCCCAAAUUCUCUUUAAGCACACGAAAGAGCUAUUGCACGUGGUCAUGAAGUUGCUGGAACACAAUGAAUGAAGAAACAAGGGUAGUUGCAUAUAUAGCAAUUAGAUCUAAAAGUAUUAGUGAAUAUAGCAUAAUGCAAAAGAAUUUGUAAGUAUAGUAAAAUUUAGAUCCAACUUUUAGAUUCUAAAUGAUAGACUAUAUUGCUAAUGAGAGUCUAUUAAUGUUAGACCAUUUUACUAAUGGGAGUCUAUCAAUCAUAGAGUCUAUUAUUGAUAGACUUUGCUA